CCCUGGAGUGAGCAGCAGUUAUAAAGGGGGAGCCUGGUCUCUUGCCUCUGCAUGCUGGAUGCAUUUAUUAAUCUGAACUGCCUACUUAUUCAAGCACAUCAUGAUCAUUUGGGCUCUCGUCAUCCUCGCUGUCUUGGUAGACAUGCCCAUUUGGGCAAAAGUUGUUAACGAUUUUGAUGAAUGCAGUGAGUUCUUUUAUGAGAAAGCUGAACCACAGGGCAUGGAUCAAAACCUAAAGAAAAUUUGUCAGCAAUAUGCCAAAGGUGGGAAUUUCUAUGCUACACUUUACUCAACAUUCCACAGGAUUCCUGUGUACAGUGCCUACACAUUUGAUACUCAGUGCAAUCAAGCAAAUGGACAAAGAAGCAGUGCCUGGUUCAUUGAGCCUAUGCUUUCUGAUCAACCUCUUGACUCAGACUCUGACUCUGACUCCGAUUCUGACUCAGAUUUAAAUGUGGAAUCAAUGCAACCAGAGCCUGCUGAUAUUAUGAAGAUAAAAUCUACACAAGCUGUUAAUGGUGACUACAGCAACACAGGUUAUGACAGAGGACACCUCAACCCCAACAGCUUCCAGUGUGGGGAUGGCCGUAAAGCUACAUUCACCCUGACCAAUGCUGCACCUAUGGAUGCUUGCUUCAACCGUGUUGAUUGGAAACAGUGGGAGGGCGCUGUCAGGGCCAUUUUAAAGGAUCAGCCUGAAGAUGAGGGAACUUCCUACCUUGUAACUGGGACUGUUAGUAGAUCACAAGAUAGACAACAAAGAAUACCGAGAAAAGGAUUAUUUGAUGAUGACAACUCUAGGGAAUAUCUGAGAGUCACUGUUCCUACUCAUAUCUGGACAGCUGUCUGUUACAAGCAUAAUGAUGAUGAUGAUAAGUCCUUUUCUUUUGGCUACAUAGGGCUAAAUCAGCCUGAAAGUAGAAUCAAUAUAAUGACAGUACCACAACUUAAUGAUGAGCUGUCUACUCUGUAUGGUGCACAGGCAGUAGGGAUUUUCAAAGAUGACUGUUUUCCUAAUAGCCCAAAAUCAAAAGGCAUUCACAUGAAGCUUUACAACAAGCUUGAACUACCAGUCAGUAGUAGAACUGACAGACUGACCAUGUCUCCAAAUAUUCUUAAUCACCUUGGUACUGCCAUAAGCAAGUUUGAUGAAGCCGGGCCUACAUACCCUCCAAAGAGACUAAAAAGUACUAGUGCGAGUAUAAAUUUGUAUUAUGACAGCAUUGAAUCUUGGUUUAUACAGUCAGAGCUUAUUAAACAUUUGUAUGGAUUAGCUUGUGUGUUGGCUCAGCCAAUUACUGGGCCCAGAAAUCCUCACACAGAGUUAAAAAAAAGAGACAUCUCCACAGAUUCUAAAGAGAUUACUUGUAGCCUUGUUACAGAGGAAAUAUCAAGUUGCAUUACCCCUUGCCUGUACAAGGAGGAGGCGAAAGGUUAUUAUUGCUACAAUGGUACAGAGAGAUCAUGCUCUCCUGAGUAUUCCAUAAUUACAGUCAGUGGAGCCAAGUGUAACAGUGGCGAAACCUGUGGCAAGCACAGGAAAGACUACUACUGGUGCUCUGUAGGCAGUUCAUGGGAGUACUGCAGUCCCCCCUUACCACUUGGUAAAGGACGAAAUGGGAAGUACUGCCGUUCCAACCACAACUGUGCUAAGUACGGUUACUCCUACACCUGGUGUUACACUGAUUUCAAUAAUAAUUAUGACUUCUGCUGCAAUGCUGAUGAUCGCUUCUCUGCUCUAAAUGGCAAGACCUGUAAGCCUGACCAUCCAUGUCAUGACACUUAUUGGUACAGUCAUUGGUGCUACACCACAGAUGGGUCAUGGGAAUACUGUUGUACACACUGACCCAUCACUUUUGUGUCAAUGAAAGUCAACGCCCAUGCAUUUGGUGUGAGACGCACGCUUUCACGUUCUGUCUUGCGCUAGCAUGGACAAAAGGAAAAUCCAUUGACUUCAGUUCAUGUCAUGCCAAACCUUAACCUAUUGGUCAGUUGUGUCAAUCUCACUCCAAGUCAGUCCAGAAAGUUGGCAACUCUGUGUUUCCACCCAUUUUUGCUUUUCAAAGGUCUAAGGCAAAUGUCUAAGCUCGUGUUGGGGAAGAUGGUAAAAUAGUUUAUCAGCUAUAUAGGCCUACUUUAAUAUAUAGCUUUGCUGUUCAAUCAAUCAUUCAGAUCUACUUGUCUAUGAGGUCUGGUCAUGUGAAUGACUUGUCAGGGAUAACAAUUCAAUUAAUCAUCAACAUAACACUUAAUUUACUUUAUGUAUGUUUUUGUUGUUUGUCAUAUUCCUGAUUCAUGAAAAGGAGGUGAUUAGGAGGACAUAAUCUCUUGACAUGCCUUUUCACAUUAUAACAGUGUAAUAAAUCAACCCCUAUGUUACCAU